AAUGAGAGGGCUUCUUCACUCGGAUGUAUUUGAAUCAUGGGAGGGUUGUAACCCAUUGUUUCUAGAUGAUUUGGUACCUAUUCCUUUUCUGCUGGAUUGAAGCGUUGAAGAUUCAUGUUGACGUGGUAAUGAACACCUGAAGCUUAUUUCUGUAUGCUCUUUGGGAAGGAUCUGUAUUUGCCCUUGUUGCAUAAAUGCCGUUUCAUAGUAUUAUUCGUGAUGUAAGAGAGAGUUUUGGGAGCUUAUCUCAACGUGGUUUUGAGGCACGCUUCUCAGGUCAUCACAGAGGGAAAUCGCAGGCUGCUGUACAUGAGAUUCACGACCACCAUACUGUAGUUGUAGCUCAGGAAAGUUGUUGGGCCAGCCUCCCUCCGGAGCUUCUUCAUGAUGUGAUUAAAAGGUUGGAAGACAGUGAAAGCACCUGGCCUUCUCGUAAGAACGUAGUGGCUUGUGCGGCUGUUUGCAAGUCAUGGAGGGAAAUGUGUAGAGAAAUUGUUAAGAGGCCUGAGUUCUCUGGAAAGCUUACAUUUCCAGUGUCUUUGAAGCAGGCUGGCCCACGAGAUGGUAUCAUCCAGUGUUUUAUAAAAAGGGAUAAAUCUACUCUAACUUACCAUCUUUACCUUUGUCUUAGCCCUGCUAUGCUGGUUGAGAAUGGUAAAUUCCUUUUAUCAGCUAAGAGAGUUCGUCGUGCAACAUGUACAGAAUACAUAAUAUCUACCGAUUCUACCAAUAUAUCAAGAUCAAGUAAUACCUUUAUUGGAAAACUGAGGUCCAAUUUCCUUGGAACCAAGUUUGUAAUCUAUGAUACGCAACCACCAUAUAAUGGAGUAGCUUCCUUCCAACCAGGCAAAACUAGCCGUAGAUUCUACUCCAAAAAGGUCUUGCCAAAAGUGCCCAGUGGCAGCUACAAUAUAGCCCGGGUGAUGUAUGAACUGAAUGUGAUGGGAACAAGGGGACCAAGGCGGAUCCACUGCAUCAUGAACUCAAUUCCUUGCUCAGCUCUUGACCUUGGUGGCACAGUCCCAGGUCAACCAGAGUAUUUGCUUCCACGUUCACUGGACGACUCUUUUCGAAGCAUGCCAUUUGCCAAAUCAUCUAUCAUGGACCAUUCCCUGGAUUUUAGUAGUUCACGUUUCUCAGAUGUCAUGGCCGCAGCUAGAGUUAUAAAUGAUAAAGUUGACGAGAUCAAGGAAAUGCCUCUAGUUCUUCAAAACAAAUCUCCUAGGUGGCAUGAACAGUUGCAAUGUUGGUGCCUUAAUUUCCGAGGACGUGUAACUGUGGCCUCAGUAAAAAACUUUCAGCUUAUUGCUGCGGCAGCUCCAACUCCAUCACAGGCUGCACCAUUUGAUCAUGAUAAAGUCAUACUUCAAUUUGGAAAAGUUGCAAAGGACAUGUUUACUAUGGAUUAUGCAUAUCCACUGUCAGCCUUCCAGGCUUUUGCCAUCUGCUUGAGUAGCUUCGAUACCAAAUUAGCAUGUGAAUAGAAGGCUAUGAAGGUCUGAGAUCUGACAUAAUAAUAGGGCCAGAAUUCAUUGUUAAUUUGUUGUUCCUGUUGUUGCUGCCAUUUAUUUAACCUGGAUUUUGUUUCACAUCAUCUGCUCAUCUUUGCUUCUUAUCCCAGUUCUGGCGUCUGUAACUGCAUGUUGCAUCUGGGUAAUCCAUCAUGUUCCUUGAGUUCACUUACAGUGACAUUUUGUGGCUAUCCAUUUCAUGAGUUUUGUAUUCAACUUUCUUCGAUUUUUAAAUGGGUAGUUGUGUCGCAUUCACUGUCUAAAGACGGUGAAAAUGUGUCAUCACUGCUAAGGUAA